AUGGUACUUAAGUUCGGUCCAGAUAAUCCUCCAAUUGUUAUUGACAACGGAACAGGAUUGUUGAAAGUUGGCUAUUCUGGUGAAAUGGAACCACGAGCAGUCGUUCCUAUGAUUCUCGGUCGACCCAAACAUAUGAAAGUCAUUGCUGACAGAAAUUCUGAUGAAUGCUUCGUCGGUGAUAUAGCCGGUGGUAAAAGAGGUGCAUUAACUUUAUCUUACCCAAUGAUGAAUGGCAUUGUACAAAAUUGGGAUGAUCUAGAAACUAUCUGGCAACAUGUCUUUACCAAUGAGCUACGUGUUCUUCCUGAGAAUCAUCCUAUGCUUUUGACUGAAACACCAUUGAAUCCUAAAGUAAAUCGUGAGAAAAUGGCAGAAAUUAUGUUUGAACAAUUUCACGCACCAGCAGUUUAUAUCUCAAUUCAAGCUAUUCUCUCACUUUAUGCUUCAGGUCGUACAACUGGUUUAGUAUUGGACUGUGGAGAAGGCGCUACACACUUGGUUCCUGUAUUUGAUGCGUAUGUUAUUCCGACGGCUAUUCACCGAAGAAAUUUAGCAGGACGUGAAGUAACCAACUAUCUUAAACAUUUACUCACUGAAAGAGGUUACAAACUGAUUACAACAUGUGAACAUGAAAUUGCUCGUGAUGUAAAAGAAAAUCUUUGUUAUGUUGCUAUGGAUUACGGAAAAGAACUACAGUUUAGCCAAGGAGAUAAAAAGUUGUACGAAAUGACGUAUCGUCUACCUGAUGGUCAGCUGUUAAAUAUUGGUAGUGAAAGGUUCCGUGCACCUGAAUUGAUGUUCGAUCCCAAGUUAGCUGGUUACGAAAUGAAUGGCAUUCACACUGCCACAAAUGAAACUAUACUGGCUUGUGGAAUGGAUGUCAGAAAGAGUUUUUGGUCAAAUAUUAUUCUUACUGGUGGAGGUACAAUGUUUCGUGGUUUCCCUGAACGACUACGUAAAGAAUUGCAUCGUUUGGCCCCAAAAGGUGCUACAGUAAAGGUGAUGGCAUCUCCUGAACGAAAAUACUCAGUAUGGAUUGGUGGUGCUGUUUUAGCCUCUUUAAGUACUUUCAAUGAAAUGUGGGUAACGAGAGAAGAAUAUAACGAAUUUGGUUUAGAAAUUGUACAUCAGAAAUGCGUUUAA